AUGGUAUAACUGGAAAGUAAAGAUAUUUAGGUAAACCUAUAAUAAAAUGAAUGUGUAAAUAAGCAAAUUUUGAAUACUUCGAUAGAAAAUUUAUCUAAAAUAAACGAGCUAAAAUCUAUAAUAAUAAAAAAUAAAUUAUCAAAUUAUAUUAAGACUGAACCUGACUAAUCCUCAUAAAUUUCUAGCCCAGAAAAAACCAAUAAAUAUUCCAUAAAAUAUCGUCGCAACAGUUCUAUAAUUUAGUAGAAAAAUGGGAGACUUUUAAGCGAAUCUUCAAGGUACAAUCAGAAAAUCUAAACCAAAAAUAAAAGCCUGCUUUCUUCUCCUACUUCUCCUCAGAUGAAGAACAAAAGAAAUUUUUAAAGUAGAACUAACUAAAACUAGGUCUAAGAAGAGUUAAAUGCUUCUUUUAUAGUUAUAUAAAAAGGAAUUUAGUAGCCUAGGGUAAGGACAUCUUUACCAUCUUGUCUUUCAUCCUAUUAAAAAUAAAACAAGUAAAAUUAAUAAACCCAUGAAAGUAUUAAAACAGAUUAAUAAGCUUCUGAAAGUAUAAAUUCUAAUUAGUAAGGAAUGAGAAUUAGAAAGAUAGUUGUUAGCUAGAAAAAGAUGAAUUAGCCAUUUCAAAGAAAUUUAGAGAGAGAUAGUGAAAUGUCAAGUACAUAUCGCUCUUUAUCUAGGUGCUAAUCGAAAUCUUAAGGUGUAGUUUAUCAAAACUAAAGCGUCUUCCCAUCAAUAUAAAAUAAAAAAGAUAUAAACCUUCAAUUAAUAAGCUAAACUAUGGAUUGCUAGCUUUAAUCAAAUGCUUUAUGUCAAUAACUAGCUAGUUAACCCAAAAAUAAAAUUAUUUUAACCUGCCCUGAUGCAAGAGUGAGGAAUAAAAAUAAUCUUUAUUACCAUUAACAAGUGAGAGAACAAAUAUCACAAUAAAACCCCUUUGCUUAACUAGACUCAUAAAAAAAGAUUAAAACAGAAAAUCAAUAUCUUGACAGCAGUAAGAGUGAGGGCGAGUAAAACAGUUUUUCUUGUCUAGAAACUUGCUAUGACAUUACCCAAACAACAACCACAACAGCAACUACAAAACUAUAAAAUAAUUCUAGUAUUCAAUAAUUUUAAGCUCCAGAUUAACUUACAAAAAACAAAAAAAUAAUUGAAGAUUGUAAUCUAAUUUAAAAAUAAGAAGAAAAUAAUUAAAUACAUGAAAUAGAAUGUAACAUAAAUUCAGAGUAUUAAGCAUUAAAUUAAAAUAGAUAUUUACCAAAAAUGUAUAAAUACCAAAGCAUAAAACUAAAGCAAUCUAUUAAAAAUAAUUAAAAAAUCUUAGAAACUCCACCUAAAAUUGAUAGGCUUGCUUAAAAAAUGAAAGUGCUUUCAGUUUACAAUUACAACAAAGCGAUUCGUACCUCUUAUUCACCUGACAGUAUAUAAGAUAUAAGUAACUUUUACUAAGAGGCCAAAUCAAUUAUUUCAAGACAAAACUAUUCUAAUUUAAUACAAGGUGACAAAAACAGCUUUACAAUAAAAGUCACUGCUCCAUCUCUUUAAUAAAAUUAAGAUGAGAAUAUUUGA